AUUUCAACAUCGGAAAAUGAGUUGACUCACCUCCCUUACCACAACAAUCCAAGUCGACAUAUUGAUUUCCAUACCUGGAUAGUAACACGUAACUGGAAGAAAGAAAAUAGCGACCAUGUCGACAAUGGAAAUCGACUCGCGCUCCUCCACGCCCGGCACGACGGAGACUAAUAAGAAUAGCGACGGCGUCGAUGGUGGGAUCAAUAAGACCGAUAACAAACCCACCGAUGCAGAGCUAGAUCCCAUCGUCGCGAGUUACGACAUCUAUACGAACCCUCAACUCCCCGAAAACCGCAAGCUCCUAGUUCUCGAACACCCGAAUUUACAAGGCACCAUUCGUAUGCCCUAUAAACGAAUCAGCGAAGUCCGAGUCAAAGACCGCUCUGGCUUCCUCGAAGUCGAUGUUCCUAUGUCCCACGGCCACGCUGCAUACGAUCGCGAGAAAGGAUUGCGCUGGGGCAGCGCACUUGCGCGUAGUGUCGCGGCGAAGAAUGGAGGGACACACGGUCUCGCUGGUGGUUUCGGUGUUGGUGUUCCUACUCGAGGAGCAGCAGGAGGUGCUGGUCGUGGCGGCGCAAAGCGACCGGAUGAUCUAGAGCGCGAAAUAAGCAUGUUAGAUUGGAGCGAAGCUGUGCGUCAGGACAAGGUACUCCGAACCCAGACGUUGGGUGGUCAGUUUUCGCCUGAGAAGGAGACGAAUUGUCGAUGGAUGGUCGGCGUUUUCAAAGGAGAUCAAUUACAUCUCACCCCCGCGACAUCCCUAAUCCACCUCCGCCCACAAAUGCACCACCUCGACGCCUGGACAGAACAAGAACGCCUAAGCCGCCCCCGCGAAGCCGCCGCAGGCCCCUCAUCCGGCGCAGCAGGAGCAGCUAGCAAAGAAGGCGCAACAGGCGACAACGCCAAACCACAAGGCAGCACCAGCGCCGCCAAGGCGAUCCACAUGUCGAUCAAGAGCGCAGGGUCCGGCAACGGUGAAGCUAGCGUCGACACCAUGGUCGAGCGCCUGCGCAAAGUCCAGAUCGAGCCUUGGUCAAAGUUAAAGUACGAAGACGAGUACAGUGAGAAGGCUUGGAGCAUGUUCAGCAACAGCCUCGUAUACAGCGGCGCGAGGAAAGCCGUAAACCCAAGUGCUGCACCGGAAGAUGCCAAGGGCAAGGGCAAAGCUAAUGGUGAGCACAAGGAGGAAGAGGGUAAUGUGGCGAUGGAGGAUAUCGCGCCGCAGAAAUACACUGCGCAAUGGGGUGAAGAUGAAUUCUUGAAGGCUGUUAGUGGAUUGAGCGAUAAUCAACAAGGAGAUGGAAUACUCCAAGAUGAUGAGGUGGAGAUCAAGGCUGAGGUACAGAACCAGGCACCCAUUGAAGCCGCGAAGAAGCCCGGUCCAGUCAGAGGAAGAGGUAAAGCUGCCGCUACGACCUCGACUCCUGGACCGUCUGCUACAUCUACAGCAAAGAGAGCAGCAGGGCCGGGGGCGAGGGGCAAGUCAGUUGCUUUCAAGGAGUAAAAGGAGGAUAGGAAAAUUCAUUAGGUUUUGCAAUGUUCAGGAGUUUUAGGGAACUGCAUGGGUCGGCGUUCAGAUAUUUUAAUGAUACACCUUGCAUUCACGUUGCCAUGUUAAUUUGAUCAGUUUUUCCGUAAUUCAGACGGUUUAUUUUUGAG